AUGGCUGAAAACAGCUUGACAGGGAAAGUUCCCAUCAAAUUCCAGUUCAACUUUCUAGCCAAUGUGGAUUUAAGCACCAAUCGCUUCGAGGGACCUCUCCCACUACGGUCUUCUAAUGUUACAACAUUGUAUCUGAGGGAUAACUUGUUUGCAGGUCCUAUUCCUGUCAACAUUUGUGAAGCACUUCUCAAUUUAACUGAUUUGGACAUCUCCAAGAACAAUCUAUUUGGAAAGGUAUUGCUCUCUAUCUGUUCUCUGCUAACAUACCCUAAUCCUGAUCACCCUUUGGUGCCGGAGAUUGCUUAUAUGUACAUGACUGAUAGAAGCCAGUAUGAGACACUUGCCCGAGUUUGGACUCAAAAAUAUGCCAUGGACUAG